AUGAGCAACUCCAAGCAGAACUACUCCAGCAUGUUGGGGGCUCGACAGAACUUCCGGCCCAACCAGGACCGUCACCGCGGCUAUGACACAGUGGACUUCAAAGAAGCUGAAGCCGUGAACCAGAAGUUCCUAACUACACGCAUAAAUGAGAAGGCCGAGCUGCAGGACCUUAAUGACCGCUUUGCCAUAUUCAUCAAGAAGGUGCACUCCCUGGAAGAGCAGAAUGGUACACUGCAGGAAGCUCUCAACCAGUACAAGGGUCAGAAUCAGUAUGGUCAGCCCAACGGCAUCACUGACCUCUUCCAGGAGGAGCUUAGGGAGCUGCAGUGCCAAAUGGACGCCAUCGGAAAGGAGAGAGACCGGUACCAACUGGAGAAGUACAACCUGGCUGAGGACCUGGACCUGCUCAAGCAGAGGUUCGACGAUGAAACCCAGAAGAGGGCAGAUGCUGAGGAACAUCUACGUUCUUUACGCAAGGCCUUAAACAAUGCCACAUUGUCCAGUCUGGAGCAGGAGAGGAAAACUGAGUUUCUGAUGAAGGAGAUUGAAAUCCUUAAGAAGCUCCUUGAUGUGGAAAUCAAGAAUGUACCACUGAGCUACCCGACCCAGCAGAAGAAUACUGAGGUGGACAGCCACAGGGUCGACCUAACUGGUGCUCUAAAGGAGAUCAGGGUCCAGUAUGAGAGAAUUUCCCUUAAUAGCAUGCAGGAAUCUGAGGCCUGGUACAAGUCCAAGUUUGAUGAUUUGACUGAGUCUGCAAAGAGCAAUGCUGAGUCUCUAAGGCAGGCAAAGCAGGAGGUCAAUAUGUCCAGGGGGCAGAUUCAGUCUCUGACCUGUGAGGUUGAUGUACUGAAGAACAAAAAUGAAACUCUGCAGAAACAGGUCCAUGAAAUAGAAGAGCAGUUUGACACUGAUAUUGGUAACUACCAGGACAAGAUAGGCAGACUGAAGGACGAGAUGGCUUGCCACCUUCAGAAGUACCAGGACCUGCUCAAUGUCAAAAUGAUUCUUGACAAUGAGAUUGCUACUUACCGUAAACUGCUAGAGGGGGAGGAGAGCAGGAUUAACAACUCCAACCUUGACACAAGCAAUCCAUUUGGUGAACAAGACAGUGAACAAGCUCCAGGCCCUGUGAAGAUUCCAGAUGUAGAGGUCUCCAAGAAGGAGAAUGAGAAAGAGACCUCGGAUGACUCGGACGAGAGCGAC